GCUCACCUUUGAUCUCUCUCCAGACCAUUGAAACUUAGUCACCCAUCUUACGGAUCCGAGUUAAUUCACACCAGCUUCCAAGAUGUCUUCUACCGCCGUCGUACAGGCCGACGAUCUCAUGGAGCCUUCGCUCCAGACGAUUAUCGACCAGAAAACCCUGCGCUGGAUCUUCGUUGGUGGUAAAGGAGGUGUGGGUAAAACAACUACAUCUUGUUCUCUCGCGAUCCAGCUGGCCAAGGCUCGCAAGUCAGUCUUACUCAUCUCGACCGACCCUGCACACAACCUGAGUGACGCAUUUGGGCAAAAGUUUGGAAAGGAGGCUCGACUAGUCGACGGAUACACCAACCUCAGUGCUAUGGAGAUUGAUCCCAAUGGUAGCAUUCAGGACCUGCUGGCCAGCGGCGAAGGGCAGGGUGACGACCCGAUGGCUGGAUUGGGCGUUGGGAACAUGAUGCAAGAUCUGGCAUUCAGCAUCCCCGGUGUCGACGAAGCCAUGUCUUUUGCGGAGGUUUUGAAGCAAGUCAAGUCCUUGUCAUAUGAGGUUAUUGUCUUUGACACUGCUCCCACCGGCCACACUUUGCGCUUCCUUCAAUUCCCUACUGUGCUCGAAAAGGCUCUUGCGAAGCUAUCGCAGUUGUCGUCCCAGUUCGGACCGAUGUUGAACUCGAUCCUUGGCUCCCGCGGUGGCUUGCCAGGUGGUCAGAACAUUGACGAGCUUUUGCAGAAGAUGGAGUCUCUCAGGGAGACUAUCAGCGAGGUCAACACUCAAUUUAAGAACCCCGAUAUGACCACCUUUGUGUGUGUUUGUAUCGCUGAGUUCUUGUCUCUGUAUGAGACUGAACGUAUGAUCCAGGAGCUGACAAGCUACAACAUUGAUACACACGCUAUCGUUGUCAAUCAGCUCUUGUUUCCCAAGGAAGGUAGUCAGUGCGACCAGUGCAAUGCACGGAGAAAAAUGCAGAAGAAGUACCUUGAGCAGAUCGAAGAGCUCUAUGAGGACUUCAACGUCGUCCGGAUGCCAUUACUAGUGGAAGAAGUCAGAGGCAAGGAGAAACUCGAAAAAUUCAGCAACAUGCUUAUUCACCCCUAUGUUCCCCCUCAGUAAAGAAGCUCCGUGGCAUUGUGGCAUAGUUUCGUCGUGAGGUUUUCGGCGAAUUGUUACCAUUGGGAUGAGUUAUGAGAAAGAAAU